CAACCCUUCUCUUCUCAUUGUUAAAAGAAAAAAUCAACCUUCUCUUUCGCUCCCUUUCGUGACUUGCCUGCUAAUACUCCAACCCGUUUUCACGAGUUAGCGGGUCGAAACAGCAGAACAUAAACUCUGAGUUGCUGUUUUGUUGAAAACUCACUUGGCGGGAAAAGGCUCUUUACCACUCAUUUGCUUUGGUGAUUCCUUUAAAAACCGUACAACAUUAAACUCUGAGUUGCUGUUUUGUUCACUGUCCGAAAUCGUCUUCCAACAUUCAUAUGAAAAUCAUAUCCAAAUGGAAAACGUGAAGACGAUAACUGUCUCCGAUCUUCUCCGCUACGGCCGUCCCCACACUGGGUCUUCAACUCCCGGCCCUUCGAUCAUCUCUGAUCAAAACCCUCAAUCGCCACCUGGCCCUUCCACUUCAGACCCUUACCGGGUCCUUAAACCUCUGCCUCAGUUCGAUUACCCGGCUAUUGUCGUCGGAACCCUAAGACUUCCUACCCUUACAAUAAAAUGUCCCCACAACAACUGCCUUGAAUUUUCAGACGAUUCAGUGGCCGUUUGUUGCGAUUUGACCGGGCUUGAUGUUCGCAUAAUUGGUAAGAAAAUCCACGUUCUUACCUGGAAUUUCAUUAUUUCUGAUCAUCUUUCCGGUGGAUUGUUGGAAAUUGUUAAAUGGGACUUGCCGGAUUCGAGUCGCGGGCUCAGUCGAUGUUCAAGCUUGAUGAUAGAUUCGUUCCCUUUAGUUUCUAAUUUAAUCGAAUCUGUACCUAGCACUAGCAAGUCUAAGUCCUAUCAGAUUCACGGGAUAAUAGGAGCAGUUAGUCCUGUUUUUGUUGUUCCCUGUUCAGUUAACGACUCAAGCUCCAGUAAAUCAAUGAAUCUUCGAGGUUUUCAUGUGAGGAUUAUCACUUGUGAAUGCCAAUUGUGUCGUUCUACAGAGGCUGUCGGGGUUUUAUAUGGAAAAUCAGCUCGUCAUUCUUUUACUGAACCGGUGUUUGUGUAUUUUUGUGGGCCUUCUUGGUGUUGGCAUCCCGUGAUGACGAAGCUCAUCGGGAACGUUGUUACUAUUUCUGGUUUGAGGAUGAAGUUGGUUUUCAUGGGGAAAGGAGGGUCUGAAUUGAUGUUUGUUACUGCAGAGAACUCUGUUCUCCAUCUGCCUCAAUUAUUGAAGAAAGUAAAGAGAAAGGAUGCAUAUGGUUCUUAUAAAGGCACUGUAAAAAAUGUUUAUAUGCAAGGAAUGGUUGUUGAACUGGACAACGAAGCAUGGCUUUUACUAACAAAUCAGUCACUCAUGCCACCUCAUGGUCUUAGGAUUGGUGCCGAUAUUUUGAUUAAAAAUGUGCACUUUGUGGUUCCAAAAUUUUCUUGGGCAAAGUUUCUCGUUCUUGGGGCUUGCACCAGGACCAGCAUCAUAGUAAAAUCAUUCUCACCAUUAAAGACAAGGUGUCUUAUAAUGUCGCAGUCAAAAAGCCAGUUGGGGAACUUCAUUGAGACGUUAGCUUUUUCUACAAGACUAUGGGUCCUACUUCUUGUUUCUUGUUUCCAAAGAAAGUUUUCUGGGAUCUUAUCCACAAAGAAGAUUUUGGGAUCAACACAUAAAGGACUGGUUCAAAUGUUUGCUAAUUCACAUUUGCCUUCAUCAGUGAUUCAAGCACAGCAUGGUGUGGUAAUGGAAUUCAAUAAAAAUGAAUCAUGUUGCUCUACUACUGAACCAUAUCAUGGCAAUCUGAAGUUGGUGGUACCAAUCUCUAAUUUCAUCCAUCAUUGUGAGAAUUUUUGGAUAAAGGAACUACUACCAUCAGAUAAUAUCCUUCCUGUGUCAUGUGGGGGCAAAUAUUAUCAACAGUCAAUAAGGAAGGCUUUUCAGAGUGAAGAUUUGGGUAUCAUUUUAGUAGGAACGUUAAAGAUAUCUCUGUCUUCUGGAAGAUUGCAAUUGGUUGACAUGACUGAUAGCAUUGAUGUUGUUAUACCAGACCUUCCAUCAUUUUGGGAUCCUAAUAGUAUAUUUGAGGUGAUUGAUUAUUGUGUAAUUGUGGAAGGCAUGCCUGAGUCGGUCCAUUCAGGUUUAUCAACUAUUGACCCAUUAUUGCCUGGAAGUCUCUUCCGGGCUUUCCCGUUGGCAAGAAAACCAAACAUAAAAAUAUUUGUCUACUUUCAUUUAUGUAAUGCAACAUGCAGAAAUCGUCUCAUUUAUCCAUCUGUAGAUUCCAGGGAUGAACUGAAUGAAAUCAGUAGUGGAAAAUUCCAUCUUAUCCGCAUCAGACGCAAAUUCCAUCCGCCAUGUCAUUCAAAGAAAUUAGUAAGAUCUGUGUUUGCUGAGGCCGGAGUCUUACCCUGGUAUUUGUUUCUAGCUGAAAAAGAUGGAAGUGCGCAUCAGGGAAAUGUUUUGAGAGGUUGUACUGUUGGUAACCACGCAGAUCAUUCUUCUAGUAAGAGGCAGAAGACUGAUAGUGGAUCUAGUCAGUUGAGUCCAGGAUUCGAGGACAAUUUUUGCAGUGCAUGUUUGGAAAAAGGCACUUCAUCUUUAAGGGAAACUUGUGGGGAUCCUAGUUGUCUGAGAACAAGUUUUUCUCAUGAAAGUCCAUGCUUGGCUACCAUACGAGGUGUUAAUAAUUUCAUCUAUACAAGUGCAGGGACCUUGUGUAGAAUGAAGGCCAAUGCAAGGGUUAAAGCUUGUAAAGGUAGUGCGAAGAAGAUUUUCCUAGAGUUCACAUCUGAAAGUGAUUUGAAGUAUCAGUUGUUGCAGAUUGAUGGUUUUUACUUAAUGAAGCACCAUAUAGAAGGUCCUCUCUGUAAUAUUAAGGAUGCUGAUGAAAUUGGUGUUAAAGUACCAAUGACUUCUGGAACAUAUUUGCGAAGACUUUCAUUCUCCUCUGAGGUUCUUGCUAGUGAUAAAUCAUUGCAUGAUUCUUCUCUAUGUAAUGAAGUCUUUACAAAAGAUCAAGUCCUGGACAUUGGCAGUGAUUGUUCAGUUUCAGAUGUUCAUCUUCAUGUCCCUUCAAGUUUAACAGGUGUUUUGGAGAUGGAUGCAGAGGAACUUGGAAAUGGCCAUAAUCCACCAGGUGCAAACCUAGAGAACUCUAGUGUUUCAUCGGGCAUUGAGACCACAAUGGAUGCAAACCCAGAUGAGAAUUCUGGUUUGCUUGGUCCUAGUUUCCUCUUUCCUGCCGGAAAAUUUUCCUCUCUGCGUGGAGAUAUAAUAGCUGUCCACGGUUUUGACCAAGGGUUUUCUGACAUGUGUUCAAGCCGUGAAGACUAUGGUGAUCUUUAUCGAUAUGGGUUUUGUGAUAGAACAAAAAAUUGUUGCAUUCAUGUUUCAGUGGCCAAUCAAACUGUGAAGAUUUUUGGAUCUGUUGACCAACAUCAGUUCCCUACUGGGUUUGGGUCUGGCAUAAAUGCAACUUUCCAUCGAAUUCUUGAACUUCAGGUCCCAAGUGAAUUCAUGUUAACAUCUGAAUCUAGCGUUGAGAUAAAUUCAAUCAGGACCGUCAAUGAAGCACACAGCUUAGACUGCAAUCUAAAUCAGUUCCGCUGCAGAGUUGUUGCUGUUCAUGUCCUGGUUCUAGAGAAGAGCAACCGGAAAUGUGAUAACAUAAAAUCAAAUACUUACACCAGACCUCAUAGUGUUGACAUUCCACUUGCUUGCUUUAUAUUGGAUGAUGGGUCAUCUUCUUGGUGUUGCUGGGCUAAUGCUGAAAGAGCGGCAACAUUGCUGAGGCUGCAGAACACUGCCAGGACCUCUACCAUGUAUCAUCUUCAAAGAAUUGUAGAGGAGCAUGACAGGAUUACUGUGAAAAGCGCUAGAUCAACUUCUGAUCCUUUUGAUCAAGAUUUCACUGUUACUGUCGGUUCAGGAAGGGCACUAACUGGCUUGGAUGAAGAUUUUGACGUCCUGGUAUCCAUAAUCUUCAAUGCAUGCGUCAAUACAUCCUGGACUGUGGUUGCUGAAGUGAUGGAUUCUAAUGCAGUCAACUCGUUAAGAGAACACCUGGCUGAAAUGCAGAUGCCAAUGCCUCCCAUGGCAAACUUACGAGCCUUAGAAGUUUGCUAUGUGGAUCAGCUAAGUGAGGCCAGAGACAUGAUCCAACAACUUGCGAAAAGGUAACUCUUGAUGCAACAACUUGUUCCCUUCAUGUACAUGUAUCCAUUUGUAAAUGCUGUUGUCCGAUAAGUCCACAAAGAUAUCUUUUUUGUAUAGGCUCUAGAUCCUUGAGCCAGUGUCCAGGAACUAGAUUUUUUGGCAUUCAGCAACAUGGUAUUUUAUAAUUUCAAUUUGGGUAUACGGGUUAUAGAUUCCUUUUGAUAUUCCAACAACGCUCAACCAAGUUUUUUGUUGUUUAUUUAGGUAGCCUUGUGGGGUAUAGAAAAUGUCAGUUACUGUGAUGUGUUAACCUAUUAUCUAAUGGAGUUGAAACCGCCAGCUUUGUAAUUUAA